UCAUCCGAACUCACGUUGUCUUAACCUAAAAUACAUAUUUAAAAACUUUACGAUCACCAAGUAUCAUUGGUGAGGUUAAAAACAAUAAUAUAAAAAAAUUUAAAUAAAUAAAUCUAAGAAAAAAAUUAUUAUCCUGUGGAUAAUAAAUAAAACUAUAGUUGUUAUGGCAAAAUAUUUAGUGCAAAUAGUAGUCUUGGGUACGCAAGUUAUAGGCAGAGCAUUUGCCCGAGCGUUACGUCAAGAAAUAGCAGCAAGCCAAGAAGCUGCUAAACGUGCUGGUGGUGGUGCUAAAGGUGCUAGAAGUGCUGCGACAACUGCAAGAACUGGUUUAUCUCUUGAAGAAGCACUCAAAAUAUUAAAUGUCGAAAAACCUGAUCAAAAAGAAGCCAUUGAAAAAAAUUACAAAUAUCUCUUUGAUGCCAACGACAGAUCCAAAGGUGGUUCGUUUUAUUUACAAUCGAAGGUUGUACGAGCGAAGGAACGACUUGAUGAAGAAUUACGAAAUAUCAAAGAACAUCAAACUCAAAAAAAAAAUACUGACAAUUGAUUAUUGGUUAUUUUCUAAUAGGAUAUUUUAAUUAGACUGUAAAUAAUUUAAUUAAAAGAAUAACUCAUUUAUUCCCUUAUUUUUUUUGUGCUGAUAUUUUUUUUCUUUUUUGAAUGAAAUGUAGAGUUGUAAAUAAAAUAUAGAAUCUUAUU